GUGUGUAAAGCUCUUGGAGACAUGCAAAAGACGGCAUGGUUCCUGUCAGUGAUCACUUGGGGGCUUGCUGUCCUAGGGAGCUGCUGUACGGAUCCUUGCAGGCUGAGAUGGAUGCUAUCCUCCAGCAGAUUCUACAAUGAAGCUAGUACAGGCUACCAGGAGAACCUUCCAGCAGCGCGGCAGUGAGGGACUGCGUUAUACUGAGCUGUCUGUUGAACUGCUCGUUUGUUGAACUGCUCGUUUGCCGGCCACCCCUGAGCUCAGGAAGAGCCUUGGCAGAGUAGGACUUCUUCCUGCAGGAGGAGGGACUGGAAGAGUCUUGAAGGAUGCUACUGCUACUGAUCACCUGGUACACUCUGAAGAGUUUCUCUGUGCCAGACACUGGGUCCAACAAACAAACAAAAUGUAGCUUCUCCUAGCACCCUGAGACCAAGCGCUGCUGCCGUUCCCACUUUUCCAGAGGGUCUGACUACCAGAAACAUGGCGACCAGCGCUGUUCCCAGUGAAAACCUUCCUACAUAUAAACUAGUAGUGGUGGGAGAUGGAGGCGUGGGGAAGAGUGCGCUCACUAUUCAGUUUUUCCAGAAGAUCUUUGUGCCUGACUACGACCCCACCAUUGAAGACUCCUACCUGAAGCAUACGGAGAUUGACAAUCAAUGGGCCAUCUUGGAUGUUCUGGAUACCGCUGGGCAGGAGGAGUUCAGUGCCAUGCGGGAACAAUACAUGCGCACGGGGGAUGGCUUCCUCAUUGUGUACUCUGUCACCGACAAGGCCAGCUUCGAGCAUGUGGAUCGCUUCCACCAGCUCAUUCUGCGUGUCAAGGACAGAGAGUCAUUCCCAAUGAUCCUUGUGGCCAACAAGGUGGAUUUGAUGCAUCUAAGGAAAAUCACCAGGGACCAAGGAAAAGAAAUGGCAACCAAAUACAAUAUCCCAUAUAUAGAAACCAGUGCCAAGGACCCGCCUCUCAACGUGGACAAAACCUUCCAUGACCUAGUUAGAGUAAUUAGGCAACAGGUUCCAGAGAAAAACCAGAAGAAGAAAAAGAAGACAAAAUGGCGAGGAGACAGGGCCACCGGCACUCACAAACUGCAGUGUGUCAUCUUGUGACAGCCUGAUGCCCCGGGCAUAGCAACCGUCAACUGCCAGCCCCUGGGACCAGCCCACCGCCUCACUGCACUGAGAACCAUUUCUAACCACAGCCCUUGGCUCUGGACUGGGCACAGGAAGGGAAUGAGGGAGGAGGGGCAGGAGCAGGCAGGGGCUGGCUUUGCCGCCUCUCCCUGGAGACAGGGCUACAGCCUCCAAACCCUCCGUGUGUUGAUUGAGCCCAGUUCCCAGUCUCUUGGUGGGCUUGUUUCUUUUAACUCCAUAGGGCUGGUUUGCUGUGGAAGUGCUUACCCACAUACAACGCACCAGACAAGCCAUGAGCAAGCUUCCUCCCUCACCCCAUCCCCAGUGUCUGAGCUCUUGUGUCUUUUGUAGAUUUUUAAAUUAUUUGAGUAAUGAUUAUUUUAUUAAAGAGGUCUGUGCCCGUUGCCUGGCGAAGCCCCAAGUCUUUGGCAGACCUCUGAUAAAUGUCUGGAGCAGGGCUGUUGUCUACUUAACUGAGUGUUCCUAGCAGUGCCAAACCCCAUCUAGGAUGAAAGGCAGAAGUGAGUGGAGGCUUCUGAGAAGCCUGAGGACAAACCCAGGAAGCAAACAGACCCAGACCCCAGAGACUGGAGAGAGGGGGUGGAUUUACCUGGAGGGCUUUGGUGUGGUUGAAAAUGGCAGAGAUUAGAAAAUAAAAUCCCCUCACCGCUACAUCCCCAGCCUCAGCCCCACCCCCACGGGAGCUAGAACUAGCUGGGUUCACCCCUGGAGGGGAUUUCCAUUCCCUGAGAGUGUGGUGAGGCCAGUGACUGGCUUUGGAAAAGAACUCAUUAGUUUUCCAGGCGAUGGGUAAAUCCUGUGUUCAGAUGUGGACAGUGUCCCGGUUUGCUCUCAGACUAUGUAUUGCUGUGCCUCUGACACAAACAUAGGGACACGUUCAAGGAGGCGAAGGUGACACCAUCCAGAAAGCUCUGAACUGAAAGCACUAUUACUGCAGAAGCCCCAGGACCUGAAGCCAUUUCCACCUGAGUCAGAUGACCAUUACCUUUCUAAGUCCAGCCAAUGAGCAAAAGCCCUUCUAGCCUGAGCUAUCGGGAUGGCUGCCUUUUGGUACACACUUUCUUUGCUCUCUUAGGUCAAAGGGGAAGAAAGCUGAGCUGAUGACAUGGCCCACACCCUUAUUUCAGCAGGGACGCCUCCUGCCACGAUGCACCCCUCCCUCUCUGGUGCUGCCAGUGGGGUAGAGAUUGGCUUUUCCCAGCAAAAAUCUGGUAUGGAGGGGACAGCAAGAACCAAGUAGACUCUGUGAGAGGGUCAGAAACAGAGGUGGCAUAGUUAGUGAGCUCAUUUGUCAGCUCACCUUGCAAAAACAGGCUCCCCACCAGGUAGCUAGCCAAUGUGGAGGAAGAAACUCAUGGGAGGAAAUGCAGGGAAACUGGGCACCAAGUGGAUGUCCAGCCUCAUGAUUCUUUUCCAAUCCAGAGAGUCCUAACUUGUUCACACACAGGAUCAUCAGGACAGAAGGCCCCAUUCAAGGGACAAUUCUACAGAAGGAAAUGACCAACGCUUUUGCUAGCUACAGAUCAAACUUCCUACUUACCAAACUGCCACCCUGCCCUGGUUUUUUUUUUUUUCUGUUCCUGAAAAGGAUAUCAGAGGACAGGCCAGAUGAGGUAUCUCGUCAUUCCUCAGAUCCUGUAAUACUCAUGAAUAUUUUCAACACUAAAACAACCAGGCUUUCUCCAGCCUUGGGCUCCCACAGCCACGCCCAUAGCCGCCGCAGCCUGGAGAGAGGACAGAUGGAAGAAAAAGGUCAGGAUGCUCUACACUCAGGGCAGCAGCCACUGCCAGAGAAGCCAUGUCCUGUCACCUGCCACCUGCUACUGGCACACCCUUGCUUCUGGUGGACCAGUGCCUCUACUGUGCUGAGCGGAGACUCUCCCCGGCAGCAGAACAGCUGCCUAGACCAAAGCCCCGAGUCCCACAGCUAACCAGAAGGGAGGCUCCUAGCACCCCUGCCCCUCUCAGAAGAAGCAGUGCUUUCAGGCCCAUCAUCCUAAACUGACUCCACACGCAGGUGGACAAACUGGCUGACAUCCGGCCAUCUCCGGUUCAGGGCUUUCAUCUUCCAUACGUGUGGCAUGGGUAGAUGACACCCCAGAAUUAGAAAUGAUAAGCCCUCUGACAGUUUCCAGGGAGGUUGAGUAAAGUAUGCUCAGUGUAUCUCCAUCACCAGCUGACGGGGGACGUCAGGAGACCUGGUUGGCCAUGGCACAUGACCGAGGACCCUUUGGGUCUUGUACUGGGUCGGUCAUUCCGAGGUUCCCUCUGGUUUUUCAGAAACCUGUGUUCCCAUCACAUCUGGUGUGCCCCUGCAAUUCCCCUCACCUCUGCCUCUAUGGUGUGCCGAUUUUCUUCCAUUACCCUGCUACCUCUUUAUAGGUUCGUAUGUCCCCCCAGCCAUCCCCUCUCUCCCAGUACAGGGCUAUGCUAUGGCCCCCUCCUUCCCAAGCACCUUGCUACACAGGGGACGUCUGGAUGUUUCUCUUAGGAGUUCCUCACCUUGCCAUGGUUCCUGCUGUGGAGGACCUGAUUGGAUGAGUGUGGCCUGUCUUGUCUAUCAGUAGAUAUGGCCCACUGACCAUGCCAGCUCUAACUCCAAAGUCCCUCAGACCACCACACUAAGUCCAGAGCCACAGAGGGGUCCCUUCUUUUAGCAGCCCACCUGGUUGGAGACUCCACCUUGGGUUGGGUUUACCUAGAAUGCCAGAUACUUGAAACACUGAGCCCUCUGCGUGACAGUAUUAGCAGGUGGCCAUUGUCGUGCAAGGAAUGAUGCGUGAUGCCUGGACAUCUUGUUGAUGCUUGAGCCUUUUAUGUACUUUUUAUCAAGUCUUUGUGUAUCUCUACUUAUUAAUAAAGAACCAAACAGAGA